GAUUGUCAACUGGCCAAGCGAGGCUGUUGUACAUGAUGUACAUAUUGGUAUCGCAUUUCGUGUUGUGAAGAAUAUUCAAAGAAUAACUAUACUGAUAGUGACAGGACUCGGCCGAGUUGCAGGUUUUUACUUCGCAAGUCAAGCAGAUAUGAUGGCACCCCUGAUGUCUGAGUUUGCCUGCCAGCUGCCAUAUGAUGACGUGGCCCGCAAGCUGUGCACUGACCUUGCAAAUGGCCUGACUCACCCUGAGGCUGACCAUAGGAAGAAUAUCCAUGGGUACAAUGAGUUUGACGUUAGUGAAGACGACCCUCUAUGGAAGAAGUAUAUGGAGCAGUUUAAAGAUCCCCUAAUUCUGCUACUCCUUGCUUCGGCAUUGGUCAGUAUCUGCAUGCAACAGUUUGAUGACGCCAUCAGUAUCACAGUGGCUAUCGUAAUUGUUGUGACGGUUGCGUUCAUUCAGGAGUACAGAUCAGAGAAAUCACUGGAAGCCUUGAAAAAACUGGUGCCACCGAAAUGUCACUGUGUGAGAGGUGGCCGUAUUGAAACCUUCCUGGCUAGAGAACUUGUGCCUGGUGAUAUAGUUCAAAUAAGCAUAGGUGACAAGGUGCCUGCAGACAUCAGAUUAUUUGAGGCAGUGGAUUUGAUGAUCGAUGAGUCAAGUCUGACUGGAGAGACUGAGCCAAUAAAAAAAACAACAGUUCCGAUGAUGAAGAUGAACUUGCAUGUUGGAGACAGAAAGAAUAUUGCUUACAUGGGAACCCUGGUCAGGUGUGGAAAUGGCAAGGGAAUGGUCAUUUGUACUGGUGAAAGCUCAGAGUUUGGUGAGAUCUUUAAGAUGAUGGGAGCUGAAGAGGCGCCCAAGACACCCCUUCAGAUCAGCAUGGGGGUGUUAGGCAAACAACUCUCUUUCUAUUCUUUCUGGAUUAUUGGUCUCAUCAUGUUCCUUGGAUGGUUACAGGGACGACGGCUGCUGGAUAUGUUCACAAUUGGUGUGAGUCUUGCAGUAGCUGCCAUUCCUGAGGGUCUGCCUAUUGUGGUGACAGUUACUCUAGCUCUUGGUGUUAUGAGAAUGGCCAAAAGGAAGGCUAUUGUGAAGAAGUUGCCAAUUGUUGAAACUCUUGGUUGUGCUACAGUGAUCUGUUCAGAUAAGACAGGAACGCUGACGAAAAACGAGAUGACAGUCACAAGGAUAUUUACUGCUGACGAGUCUAUUGCAGAGGUAUCAGGAGUUGGCUACAGUUCGAGUGGUGAUGUUCGAUGCCACGGUGAAGUUGUGCAUGGCAACUCUCACUCUUCUAUCACCAAGGUGAUUGAGGUUGGUAUUGUAUGCAACAAUGCUCAGAUCGUAGAUAAUGAACUUCAUGGACAACCUACAGAGGGCGCCCUAAUUACUGCUGCUAUGAAGCUUAACCUGAAGGAUGUUCGAAACAAUUAUGCUAGACUGGAGGAAUGGCCGUUUAGUUCUGACAGUAAGAUGAUGAUCGUCAAAUGUGCUCCCAAAUAUGGACAGUAUGAAGAGUUGUAUUUCGUAAAAGGCGCUACAGAGAGAAUACUACGUCAGUGUCGGCGGUAUUAUUACAAUGGUGCAGUACUCCCAUUUACUAUAGUGCAAGAAACUGUAGCAUUGGAGGAAGCUAGUCGUAUGGGAACUGCAGGAUUACGCGUUUUAGCCAUGGCAUUUGGUCACUCCAUGGAUGACCUCAUCUAUGUGGGUAUUGUGGGGAUGUUAGAUCCCCCUCGAGAAGGAGUGCGCGAGUCUAUCAGGGUGCUGGUUAGUAGUGGUGUGGCUGUGAAGAUGCUUACAGGAGAUGCUGAAGAGACGGCCAAGGGAAUUGGCAGCCGCCUUGGUCUUUAUUCAGCAGGUGGUUUUACAUUGUCAGGUGACCAGGUUGAUCAGAUGGACCUAAUGCAAUUAAAACAAGUCAUCAACAAUGUCACAAUCUUCUAUAGGGUCAGUCCAAGACAUAAGCAUAAAAUUGUCAAGGCACUCCAGAGUAACAAAGCAGUAGUUGCAAUGACCGGGGAUGGUGUGAAUGAUGCAGUGGCCCUUAGGAGUGCCAACAUUGGUAUUGCGAUGGGGAAGAAUGGAACGGACGUAUGUAAGGAAGCAGCCGAUAUGAUUCUCCUCGACGAUAAUUUCUAUACAAUCAUGUCUGCUAUAGAGGAAGGAAAGGGUAUAUUUUACAACAUCAGGAAUUUCGUGAGAUUUCAACUGAGCACGAGUAUAGCUGCAUUGAGUUUGAUUACCCUCUCCACCUUGUUCCACCUGCCAAAUCCUCUAAAUGCAAUGCAGAUUCUAUGGAUCAACAUCAUUAUGGAUGGGCCUCCUGCUCAGAGCCUUGGUGUGGAGCCUGUAGAUGAAGACGUUGUGAAAAAGCCUCCCAGAACAGCAUCUGAUUCAAUUAUUACUAAAAAGUUGAUCUUCAACGUGAUGACAUCAGCCAUCAUAAUAGUGCUGGGUACCUUGUGGGUCUUCUGGCGUGAGAUGAGUGAUAAUAAAAUCACACCACGGGAUACCACCAUGACAUUCACAUGUUUCGUAUUCUUCGACAUGUUCAAUGCUCUCAGUUGUCGCUCCGAGUUAAAGUCAGUCUUUACGAUUGGUUUGUUUAACAAUCGUAUGUUCCUAAUAGCUGUUGGGCUGUCACUGGUUGGCCAGCUCCUUGUCAUCUACUUCCCUCCAUUACAAGCUGUCUUUCAAACGGAAUCUUUGUAUUUAGCAGAUUUCUUGCUCCUCAUCACAUUGACCUCAAGUGUGCUCGUCAUAUCGGAAAUUCGAAAGUUGAUUGAAAGAACUUUAGAAAAACGUCACAACUUGCAAUUAGGAAGUACUUAUCAUUAUGACAGGGACCAUAACCAGUAUGUCUGACAUUCCUGCUUUGAUAUGUUUUUGUGAGUUGUUGCCGCAUUUGUAUGCCGAUGGUAUUUGAAAUGAGCAAUUACAGUAAUAAGUAGCACAGUGGUAGUUGGGUGUGCUGCAAGCACCUUACAAGAUGUAGUCUAAUGAUGAAACGGACCUUUCAUAAAUUCUUGGAGUCUGGAGUCUGGUCCCUUUUCUAGGCAUAUGUGCAUUAUGAAGUGACUGCAACCACUGAAUUUCACUCUGGAGAAUGAGUUCUGCGAUUGCCGAGCAUCUACCAUCUGACCUAGCAGACUACCCUCGAUAGUGCUUCUUGAGGCCUGGGAGAAUGGCUGCCUCUAAAGAAAAACAUCCAAAAUUUGUGCUCGUUCGUAAAUAUUUUAAAAUGAACUGGAUCCAUUUGGUAACCUGGACAAUAUGUCAUCAUAUGCACAUAAUUUCGAUGUAAAUCGACCCGCGGGUUACUCUGUGGUGCUCGCACAAAAUCAACAUGCAUAAUUUGCAGGUUGUUUGCUUUCCAUAGGACAAACCAGCAGUUCAUUUUUUCUCUAUAUUUGAUGCAAAUCAUGCUUAAAGAACCUUAUGACCAGAUAAACACAACAAUAUUUCGUUGAAAGACCCAACAACACAGUUCUUCAAACUUUAUGAAAUAACAUUUCUUUUCCCAGGCAAGCUCGGCAAACUGGAAGGCCUGAUAAGAUGCUCGGCAAUGUGGGGAAUUCAUUCUCCAGGGUGAAUUUACAAGGGAUGUUUCUAUCAACCCUAACCAAGACAGGGUCCACAAUAGCACAAUAUACAGGGUCAUAAAACACAGCAACAAGAUUGAUGAUGACUUUUAGCGCACUGUUUUUGAUUCAUGAAUGGUGUUGCAUCAUCAGUCAAUGCUUGUGUUGCAGCGCCCCUAGAAGAUGCUUUGGUAAUUAAAUCCUGCAGGAAUGCAACACAGGAGAAACUUUUUUUGUGAUGCAAGCUAAACCGUCAAUAACGAGUGUAGAUAUUUUGCCAGUCACUAGUCACCAGUCACCAGUCGCCAGUCAUUGUAAAAAGUAUACGUUGGCCUUUUAGGUAUAUGGCAUAUUUGAAGAAUUUUGAAGUUUUUGAUAAAGCAUAUAGGGAAUAAACGUGAUCCUUAAUGUAGGCCUGUAGCUAGCAAUUAUAUUAAUCAGAUUAGACUUGGAAGCACACAUAGAGUAUGAUAUGCACUGGGCUAAAAAGGCCUGCCCAAUGCGGAGGGUUCCACGAAUACGGUGUGGGUCGGUGUGUCAGCCCGCAACGGACGAGGUCGGUGAUCCUUUAUGGUAAGUGUGUCUUUCUGACGCCUUUCACUAUGGUGACCCGAUACCAGCUAAAUAUGGAUUAUAACACCUGCUACACAUGCAGUGUUCGCUCAAAACUAAUCCCGAUUGGCUACAUGUAUGCCUCCUCAUUGUAGUUGAACUACAUAGUAUUUAAAGCCUACAGCUUAAUUACAUUCUGUAAUGAUUUUCAUGCGAGACCGUUCAAGUUUGGAGUAUGCAACGAUGUACUUUUUUAUUCAUCAUACUUCCCGAAUAAUCAUUAUUUACAUGCGAUCAUCCUGUUUCACGUUCUGCGGUAAAAUGUUUGAUACAGCGAAACGUUUAACAGCAUCUUGAAAGAUGUUUUCCCACAUUUAAAGGCUUUCUUCUGUACCAGCAUAAAAUCUAAGUUGAGAUCUCGUUGCCACUGACAUAACAAUAACUUUACACUCAGACAAUUAUAGCCAGUGUAGAAGUAUAAAUGUCCCCCCGGAAAAUUUUCCGGCCCUCCGUCGUGUCCAUUGCCCUUUUGUAUUAACGGAUUAUGGCAAAUGACCGUCAUAUGACCGUCGGUGCAUAAUGGAAUCAUUUGCUCCCCGGAAAUUCUUUUCUAAGGACAUUUCAGACUUCUACACCGGUGCACGUAUUUCUUCCCAAGCGUCCCCAAGCCAAGAAAAAUAUCUGUCUGAAUAUGUGGACGUGAUUGUUAUCAUGACUACCGGUAGCCAGCACUACUCGUAUGUUUGAUCCACACUUUUUACCUGCAGAACUCCUGGCGGCUCUACCAAACUCCAAUUACACUGUCUGCUGGUUUAUAAUUUUUUGCCCUUCAGGCAUACAUUUGCUGUGUAGACAGGUGAUAUUCAAAGACAUAUUUGGUGGCAUAUACUCAUUCCUCAUAUCGGUCAGUAUACUCAUUAUUACCACAAAAAAUCCCUUACUAUCAACUGACUUCAUUCUUAAAAUAAAAUUAUUGCGAAAAAACACAUUUUAUGUCGUUCA